AUGGACAAAGUUCAAGGAAUUACCAACGUUAUUGUUGUCGGAGCGGGAGGGAGCCUGAACCCUGUCGUGAUUGCAUCGCUUCAAUCGCUCGGUUUCGUCGUCUCGGUUCUUGUCCGAGAUGCUUCAGCCGCUGUGCCGCCAGCGGGGGUAACAUGUCAUCGCACAGACUACUCCAAUAUGUCGCUUGUGAAGGCCUUCAAGGCUCAAGACGCGGUCGUUAACACAAUCACAAUGGCGGAUUCCUCAGAGCAAAAGAACAUCAUUGAUGCCGCGGUCGAGGCCGGUGUUAAACGAUUCCUGCCCGCAGAAUUUGGCAUAGACACCGCGAUACAGUCAACCGUUGAGAUUGUGCCGUUCUUGCGAGUAAAGCCGGAAAUUGUAGAAUAUUUGCGGUCACUCGAGAGCAGUAUUACUUGGACUUCGAUUGUGACUGGGCCAUUUUUCGAUUGGAGCCUCCGAAACGGAUGGUUCUCGUUUAAUGUGCCCUCGAGGACAGCGUACUUGCAUAAGACGCACCAAGAUCACCGUUUCAGCUGCUCAACGCUCUCCACGGUCGCCAAUGCCAUUGCGCGCUGUCUUCUUCCUGAGAAUGGGCCGUCCACGAUAAAUCGGUACAUCCACGUUAGAUCCUUCACUGUGAAUCAGAGAGAGAUCAUGACUUCACUCGAGAAGGCGUCUACGGAAUUCGACCAAAGGGAGGGGCGACAACCUAAAGCAUGGGAUGUUAUAGAAGUCAAUUUGGAAGACAAGGUUGCCGAAUCGCACCAAAAGCUAGCUCAGGGAGACAUGAGCGCUCUAGGGUUCAUGCUUUCCAAGGCCAUCUACGCAAUGAAUAGCGAUUUUGACGCAACUGGGGUGGCGAUGAACGAGACACUAGGCAUGGAACCUGCGGAGAGUCUCGACGAGGUUACGAAACGAGUUGUUAGUGAAUACUAG